GUUCAAGGUGGCGGUCAGUUCCAAGCACACAGUGUCUUUCUCUGUCCAGCGGUGGUGCUUUGUGCAGGGAUAAAGCAGAUUGGUCUUAAGGGGCUCCGGGCUCUGUGGGGGCCUGCCACUCACACACAGCUCCGAAAUAACUCGAGUAGCGGACUUCCAGCUAUGCGUAGUAUAGAUGUCCUGCCACCGCCAUAUAGCACGCUGGGUUAAUAAUAGGAGCGCGGUUGUCAAGCUAUUUCAGAAGGGGGGAGUGUCGGCCUAUUCUCAUUGGGUCUGUUUUAUCCGCGAGUUUCUCAUGAAGUGCGAGUGGGAGGAGAAUUUCCAGCAACGGAGGAUAUCAAAAAUAAACCCCCUCAUGUCCAGGGAAGAGCAGAAAGUAUAAAUACCCCCGAUGUGUCCACACUGCAGCGGUGCUGGUGAGUGGUACAACAAGACUUAGCUUGGUUAGGGUAUUAGAAACGAGAACUUAGACAGACUGAAAUUAAAUAGCAGACAUACUUUGACCAAGACUGACUUUACAGCACUGGAAAAAUAACUUUGAAAAGAUUGCUGAUUUUCACAAGAUAUUUCUCCGAUUGCAGAAGACGCGCCACUUGCCAGAGAAUAAGGGACAUAAAUUGUAAUAAAUCCUUUUUUUAAUCAAUCCCGAGUGCAAUUUCCAUUGCAGAAGAUGUGUUCCACUGUGUGUUUGAUCUUUUUAUCCCUGUGCGUAAUCAACACAGUACUUUCUACUCCGUUUGAAUCAGAGGAUAUUGUACCUGUUCGGAUAAACGGAAGAAUCAGCGGUCGCUUUUGGAAAAGAAGCGAGGAACAGCCGAGGUUUGUCCUCAGUGCAUUUGGCAAGGACUUGACUCUAAAUCUUAUACCUGAUACCAGCUUUAUCGCGCCUUCCUUCACCAUACAACGCAUCAAAGCAAGAGAUUUUGGCGUUUUACGCAGCGCUUCAGGUGCGCAACCUUUCCGGGACGCGGAUCGCCAGAAAUUAAUCAACCAGACAGAGGAGAGUGAAGGACAGCUGAGAAGCUGCUUUUACUCGGGGAACGUAGAUUACGAUCAGAACUCGGUUGUGGCUGUCAGUUUGUGCUCUGGCAUCUUUGGCUCCUUCAUAACGGAGGGGAAAGAAUAUUUAAUUGAGCCCAAACUUCGCGGCGGCCUGGGGCCUGACUCUGCCGAACAGCUGCAUGUCAUCAAGAGGAGGACAUUCACCAAAAGCCACGGUGUUCCCCUCCUGUUUGAUCACGCGGCGGAGGAAAGCCGAGCAGAGAAGCACAAUGGGGAAAGUUUUACGCACAGCGACAGUGACGCACAGAGGGAACUUCGCCGGCGACGCUUUGUUUCCGCGCCACGGUUCAUAGAGACCCUGGUGGUAGCAGACUCAACCAUGACCCACUUCUAUGGAGAUGAAAUAAAGCACUAUAUUUUGACCCUGAUGUCGAUGGCCGCCCAGCUCUACAAACACCCCACCAUAAAGAACUCAGUGAACAUGGUGGUGGUAAAGAUGUUGGUGGUGGAGGACGAGGAAGUCGGCCCUGAGGUCUCCAGCAACGGAGGCGUGGCUCUUAGGAACUUCUGUUCAUGGCAGCAGCUUUUCAACCCACCGAGCCAGAGACAUCCAGAGCACUAUGACACUGCUAUGCUCUUCACCAGAGAGGACAUCUGUGGACAAAAGAGCUGCGACACUUUGGGUGUGGCCGAUGUCGGGACGAUGUGCGAUCCCAAAAGAAGCUGCUCUGUUAUUGAGGACAACGGCCUGCAAGCUGCCUUCACAGCUGCACACGAGCUUGGCCAUGUGUUGAGUAUGCCUCAUGAUGACUCCAAGACCUGUGAGAGGCUGUUUGGGGAUCUGGGAAGACACUACCUGAUGGCUCCUCUGUUUGUCAGCCUCAACAAGACUGCACCUUGGUCUCCCUGCAGCGCGCUCUACAUCACAGAGUUCUUUGACAAUGGACAUGGGGACUGCCUGCUGGAUGUCCCAGAGAGUACCAUGCCGUUACCAAGAGAGCUGCCAGGCACCAAGUACAGCCUGGACCAACAGUGCCAGCAGAUUUUUGGAGAGGAGUUUAUCCACUGCCCCAACACUUCAGACAGUGAUAUCUGCAGCCAGCUGUGGUGUCAAGAAGACGGGACGUCACAGUGUUCCACCAAGAACGGCAGCCUGCCUUGGGCUGACGGCACCUCCUGUAGCCUCAACGGGACCUGCCUCCACGGAGUGUGCAUGUCGACCCAGGAGGUGAUGCAGCCACUGGUGGUUGUGGACGGCGGCUGGAGCUCAUGGGGACCAUGGCAGCAGUGCUCCAGGACGUGUGGAGGUGGGGUGGAGUUCUCCUACAGGGAGUGUACAGAUCCUGUGCCUCAGAACGGAGGGAAGUACUGUGAGGGACAGAGGGUUCAGUACCAGUCUUGCAACACACAGCAGUGUGACAGCAACGACGGAAAGAGUUUCAGAGAGGAGCAGUGUGAGAAGUACAACAGCCCCAACUACCUGGACUACAACGGAAACAUGAAACAUUGGAUCCCAAAGUACGCCGGAGUGUCUCCCAGAGACAGAUGUAAACUGUUCUGCAGGGCCAGAGGCAGCAGUGAAUUUAAGGUGUUUGAAUCCAAGGUAAUAGAUGGGACGACCUGUGGUCCUGAUACCACAUCAGUGUGCGUCCAGGGCCAGUGUGUGAAGGCAGGCUGCGACCAGGUGAUUGGAUCCAACAAGAGAGUGGAUAAGUGUGGAGUGUGUGGAGGAAGUGGGCUCACCUGUAGAAAGAUCACAGGCUCCUACAACAAGGCAACCUAUGGAUACAGUGACAUUGUCACAAUUCCUGUUGGCGCAACUAACAUUGACAUCAAACAGCGGAGCCACAGAGGAAUCAAACAUGAUGGGAACUAUCUGGCUAUAAAGAGAGAGAGCGGCGGUUACAUCCUCAAUGGUAACUUUUCUGUAUCCACGGUGGAGCAGGACAUUCCUGUGCUGGGCGCUGUGCUCAAGUACAGCGGCUCCUCCACCACUCUAGAGAGGAUCCAGAGCUUCAUGCAGCUGAAAGAGGCCAUCACCAUCCAACUUCUGGCCACUGCGGGGGAUGCCAACCCUCCCAAGGUUAAAUAUACCUUUUUCAUCCCUAGAGAUGUGACUUUCAAUAAAUCCAAGGAGAAGAAGGGCACCUCACCAUCUUUGCAUAUGAUCCAUCCGUUUGGCGUGCCUGACUGGGUGCUGGGGGAGUGGUCUGAGUGCUCCAAGAGUUGUGGCUCCGGAUGGUCCAGGAGGAAUGUCGAAUGCCAAGACAACGCGGGCUUCCUCUCCAGCCAGUGUGACAAGGACCUGAAGCCCGUAGACAUCAGGCCUUGCGGGGAUCUGCCCUGCCCAAUAUGGCAAAUGGGACCUUGGUCCGCCUGCUCACGAACUUGUGGCCAGGGGGAGCGCCGCCGCAGCAUCUUCUGCAUAGACUAUACUGGGAAGACUGUUGAGCCAGAGAAGUGUGAUCCGAACAAAAUCCCAGAGCCAGUCUCUGGAGAGUGUCUCAACCAAGAGUGCUUAUGAAAAACAGUACAGUACAGUAAACUUUGAACGAUUCCCUUUUCGGUCUGACUGCACUUACCAACUGGUCACAUCACGUCAUGUCAAGGGCAUUAUGCCUGAAUAUUGUUUUGUCGUCUUUUGUUGACUAUUGACAACCACUAUUGAAAUUUGAAACAAUGGAAAUCUACCUCAGGAUGUACAUGUGAUGCUAUGUAUAGAUGCUAGAUGAAGGUGCUGAGUUUGUGUUUUCUCCAGAAAGAGAAGUUUUCAAGCCCCACUCUAAAUAGAGACUAAUGUUUUCAGAUGAAGUCUGGUAUAAUAUCCAUUAUGUCUUUCUGUGUCAGCUGUCAUUUAAAGUGGGGCUUGAACAAUAGCAUGAAACCUGCUGUCAAACACCAGCACAGUGUAAAUAUACCUCCAAUUGUCCUCCACAGAACUCAAUCCCCUAUAAAGCUUUGAUCGAGCCUUUUACCUAAUUUAUUGAGGUAGGUACAUAAGAUUAAUGCAUUGGGGUUUUAAGCCUCUGGGAAGUGCGCUCCUGUUUGAUUGCUUCUCUUUUCUACACACAUACAAUUACCAGAAUGUGAUUUGUGUUAAAUAAUUGUAAAUGUCAUAUUUUUAUCCUGACAAUUGUCAUUGUUUAACUGGGCAAACCCUUCACUGACGCCAAAUCUGACAAUAUCUUGGACUUAAAAAUGUGCCAGUUUUAGAAUACAACAGAGCAAACUAGAUGCAUAGACUUUAUAGAAAUUGAUAUAAUUUGAGUUUACACAUUGUGUAAAAUGUUAAGGUUAGUAAUAACUGGUCUGGAUCCUGAUCUGAAUAACCCUUGACAGAGAAUUUCCCUCUGCCCUGUAGUUUAAUUUCACUUUUUCCCAGGUGCAUUAUAAUGCAGUUGAGAGGAACAGUGGUACAAACAAUCUGCAAUGCAACAAAUGUUAUUACUAAGUUAAGUGAUAAGCAUACUAUCUAUCAUAUAUAUGAAAAAUAACAUUAAUUUUAUUCAUUUUCAGACUUUUAUUUGUUGCAUCAUAUGCAAACACUCACAGUUGUUUUCAGACUCUUGUAUGUAUAUUUGAUUCUUCAUUCUUGUUGUUAAUUUACAUGUCAUAAAACAAAAGAGAUGGAGCAUUAGGCCUAUAUCCCUUCAGUGAAGGACUAUACUAUUUUAUUAUUACAGCUUCCUUUUUAAGCUAUUUAUUUUUGUAAAGUUUUUACCUUGGACAUGUAAUUAACAUGGCAGAUGCUGCUGUCUUUGAGAUUUUUGUCUAUAAAAAUGGUCAAAUAAACACAUUUAUGUCAAUACA